GUUGCUAGGAUACCAAACAGAAGCAUCCAGGUCUAACGUCUUCUCUGCGCAUCUUCAGCUGAUGAAGCCAUACUGGAGAAAGCGACAUUACAGCUUGGUUCACCCUUGGCUCAGGAAUUACCCAUUUCGUUCAAGUUUUUAGAUCCAUAAACACUGAUUUCCAGAGCGUAUACUUUGGGAACCAGAAAUGGAGACGGCAUAUCUCAAAAAAUGCCUAGGCAAAUGCCUAUCAGAGGGUCUUGCUGAGGUGGCAGAACGUCGUCCCACAGACCCAAUACUGUAUCUGGCACACUGGAUUUACAAAUAUAAGAAGAACAUGAUUGAUGAGCUGCAGAGGAAAAUUGAAAGAGAAGAACUGGAGCGGGAACGUGAGGAGGCCCAAAAAGAAGUUGAGAUGUUAGAAAGAAUGAAAGAAGAAGAAAUUUUGAUUCAGCAGAAGCUUGAAGAAGAGAGGCAGGCACAAAUGGAGCGAGAACGCGAAGAACGUGAGAGGUUAGAAAGAGAGAGAGCGGAGGAGCUUAUCUUGGAGCAGAAACGGCAGGAAGAGUUGGAGGCAAAGUUAGCAGCUGAAAGAGAGGCAACAUCAAAGACCUUAGCUGAAAUAUCAGAUAAAUAUGGUGCUCCUCAUUUGAGUAGAGUUGAUGAGAUUGAUGAAAUGGAACAAUCUGAGUAUGGUUUGACAACUGUGGGUGAGUCAGAGGAAGAAGAAGGAGAGGAGGAAAUACUCUGAAAGAAAAUCUUUCCUAUCUCCUGCUUUUCAUGUUGGAAACCUCAAGGAUUGCAAAGAAUUUGGGUGGCUCACAGCAAAGAAACCUACAGAUGUUUGGUUGUAACAGAUAAUUGAGUUAAUACACUUGGAUAGUAAACUGACUCACUUUCUUAAAAAUAAAAGCAUAUUGUAUGGGA